AUGGGAUGUCUAUUCUCAUUUUUCUUUCGUCCCUCGGCUAGUUCCGACAUAGUCGAAACACCACGUCAAGUAUUCUCAUGGGAAAAAGAAGAUCGACAAGCAAUAAAAAAAGAAGAUUUUAUUCUUGAUAAACGUAAAAAUGAAACAAUUUAUCGAUUACCAGGUUCUGUUAAUGGACAACAAUUUAUAAUACAAAAUUGUGACAAUUGUACCGUCUAUGUAUUUGAUCAUACAGGUCAAAUACAAAUUGAUGAUUGUACAAAUUGUCGAAUAUUUAUAGGGCCUGUUCAUGGAAGUAUUUUUAUUCGAGAUUCAACAAAUAGUAUAUUAGCAACAGUGUGUCAACAAUUUCGUACACGAGAUUGUCGUGAUUUAUAUAUUUAUUUAUCAUGUACUAGUCAACCAAUUAUUGAGUCAUCACAUAAUAUUAAAUUUGGAUGUUUAACAUUAAAUUAUUAUAAAUUAGAUGAACAAUAUAAGGCAGCUGAUAUUAAUCCAUGGAAUAAUACAUGGGGUAAUAUUCAUGAUUUUACAUCAAUUCCUGGUACAAAUAAUUAUUCAUUACUUGAUCAAAAUGAAAAUUUAUUUAAACAUUUACCAAUUCCAAUAGAUCCAUCAUGUAGUCAUUUGAAUAUAAAUGAUAAUAUGGAAACAAGUGUAACACCUUUUACUUAUGGAGAAUUAUAUCGUCAUCGAAGUGAAGAACGUUGUUUAGUAGUAUUUUUUCAUAAUUUAAAUGCUAAUUCUUGUGCUCGAGAAUUAAUUUUAAUGACAAUACAAUCAGAACUUGUACUUGUUCAAACAAAAUGUUAUUCAAUAAAUGAGAUGAGUGCUGCACGAUUAUUUUCAGGAAAUGCAACAUAUAAUUCUUUAGUUACAAAAGGUCCUGUUAUAGGACUUGAAUUUGCUGGUACAAAUUGUGUACAAAUAUGUCAACAAUUACUUAAUAAUUUAAUCCAAUUAAAAUAUCAAAAUUUACCUCAUUUUAUUAGUCAAUCAGCAAUAGAUGCUCAUGAACAACUUGAUAAAUUUUACAAUUUUGCAAGUAUGCAAAUGUUUGCAUAA